CCUCCCUCGUUACGUCUUUCAGCUUUCACCCCAAGCAUCCCCCGCCCCCGUCCUUUAAUCUUUACGAUUACAUACUGCGACAACCCUGCGCGCAGGGCGCGCCGGGAACUGUAGUCCGGCGUAAUCGCACCGCCUGGUACGUCCGGGAGGGCCGGGACUACUGUUCCCGGCGAUCCCCGCGCGGUCCUAUUUCCUUUCCUUUUCCUUCCCACUUCCGUCUCCCCCUUCACCGUCUCCCCUCCCCCCACGGCCCUCCUCUCUACCCCCCCCCCCCCACCUGCAUCCUCCUCCGCGCGCCACUGCGGCCUAGCGGUGCUGCUGAGAGGAGCCGACAUGAAGGCGACUCUGGGGAGCAGGGACCGCUGGACCGAAGGGAAGGUGUUUAUUCAGCUUUGGUCUGGACAUUGAAAAGACAAUAUAAAAUCCGUAGCAUGGCCCCCACACUCGCCUGCUCGGGAAUGAUGUGGCUGUGAUUCCUGUCUGCACCCAGAAAGCUCCUGAGUCAGAUAGGAGAGGCCGAUUUUCAGGGACAGUACUUGGCCUAACGGAGGUGCUGUUGCUUUGCAGCAUACAUUGAUGCAUUUAGAAGAAAUAAAUACCCAGCUGACCAAACUACUAACUUCUGUGGAUGCCAUAACUGUAUGAAUUCUAAGAAGGAAAAGAAGCUUGAGAAUGAGAGAAGUCAGGCUCAGCCUGGAGAGGCUAGCAUGACCUACACAGAAGAACAGUUACUUGGGGUGCAGAGGAUAAAGAAAUGCAGAAGUUACUAUGAAAUUCUGGGAGUUGACAGAGAUGCCAGCGAUGAGGAUCUAAAGAAAGCUUACCGAAAACUGGCCCGGAAAUUUCACCCGGAUAAGAACUGUGCACCGGGGGCCACAGAAGCCUUUAAAGCAAUAGGCAAUGCCUUUGCUGUUCUCAGCAAUCCUGAUAAAAGAUUACGCUAUGAUGAAUAUGGAGAUGAACAAGCAACGUUUGCUGCCCCCCAGGCCAGACCCUAUGCUUACUACCCAGAUUUUGAAGCUGACAUUACUCCAGAAGAGGUCUUCAAUGUGUUCUUUGGAGGACAUUUUCCUACAGGAAAUAUUCACAUGUUUUCAAAUGUGAUGACCGAUGACACACACUUUUACCGUCGGCGACACCGAAAUGAGAGGGUAAAGACGCAGAAGGAAGAAGAAGAGGAAAAGCCUCAGAAUAUGUAUUCUGCAUUUCUUCAGUUGCUUCCAGUUCUUGUGAUUGUGAUUAUAUCUGUUAUUACUCAACUGAUGGCCACAAAUCCUCCAUACAGUUUAUUCUAUAAAUCGUCCAUGGGGCACACCAUUUCCAGAGAAACAGAGAAUCUGCAGGUGCCUUAUUUCGUUGAUAAACAUUUUGAAAAAAACUAUAAAGGGCCAUCGCUGCGUGAUUUGGAGAAGACUGUCGAAAAGGAUUAUAUAGAUUAUAUUCAGUCCAGUUGUUGGAAGGAGAAACAACAAAAGUCAGACUUGACAAACUUGGCCAGACUGUACCGAGAUGAACGCUUGAAACAAAAAGCAGAGUCACUGAAGCUUGAAAACUGUGAAAAACUCUCCAAUCUUAUUGGCCUCCAUAAAGGUGGUUGAUGGAAUCAUAGACGGAUUACACAAGGGCAUGAGUUUUUCUUAGUUUUUCCUAUUUAUGUUACUAAUUCCAUUUUAUAGAGGAAAAUUAGAAAGUCAACUCCAUUUUUGUGGCUUGCUAAAACUCAAGUGGACGGAGCUGAAAACAUUUGAGCCGUGCAGACAGUUUCCAGUCUUCCCAUAAUUUUUGGUGUGGUCUGACUCCAAAGGCAAUCCAACUAAAUUGAUUUCUUGGGCAUAAGUAUUUGAUUUGAUACUAGUCCCACACCAUUCCUGACUACCCUCUGCGGACUUUGUUCGAGAAGUAGAACCAAAACAUUUUCUCUUAUCAGUGGGUAAGUGUAUCAUCCAAAAAUAAACAGCCACCGUGCCACACACAAGCUUUACAGCUUUAGUUAUUUAUAGCCCAUACAGUAAAUAGUACUUUCCAUCAGUUGGAGAUCUCAUUUCACCCCCAGAUCACUAGGCAGAACACGUUUAAAGUGAAUUCUUCAUUAUUCUAUGGCCAUGAGAAGGACUUGCUUAAAGGAAAUAAAAUGAGAUAAUAUAUGUAAAGCACUUUGUAAAUUGUAAAACACGAAUGUCCUAUUAUUGUUAAUAAUCAUACAAGAGAUAAUUCUAAACUCUCAUUGUAGCUAGUAGUUUUCACACCCCCAUUCUUCUGUUAGAGUUGCUACACUACCUGAUUUGAGUUUCACCUGAUUUGAAUUUUACCCUGCUCUCCUUUGGCUUAGGUUUCAGUGUACUGUGACAUUGCCAAAAACUCAGCAAUAGGCCAGAGACCAAAGAUGGAAAAACUUUAGGUCCUGGACAGUUACAAUUCACAUAUUGGCUCCCAAUUCAUUAAGAGUUGACUGAUGUUGCUCCUAAAGAAUAGGACAUCUCUGGACCUCGGGUCUUCAUCUCUAAAAUGAAGGGGUUGGAUUAAAUGACCUCAGAGGUCUUUUCUGGGUCAAAGUAUGUGAUCUUCUGUGCUCCUGCCUAUUUCAGUACAGACAAGUACAAGGUGAAAGUUCCCUCUUCGUAGGUUUUGUGCUUUAUAUGACACCACAUUCAAGUUGGAUUUCUCAGCCUUGUUUGGGGGUGUGAGAGCUAAGAUUGAAGUGGAAAGGUUGCCAGUUAGCAGAGCUGUAUUUGAGAAGAGAGAGGUAGAAAGAAAGUGGAGUAUAAGUUGAACUGAUGCAGACUGGAUUGAAAGAGUGGAAGAGUCUUCCUUUAAAAUCUUUGUCUCCCUGUGUUCUAUAUGCCAUCAGUAAGGGCUCUCCCUUCAGCAUCAUUUCUCAGCUUGGGCCUCUCUCCACAAGAACCCUGUAAACUAAAGAAGAGAUUGCACACACUCAGCUCUCUUCCAGAAAGCACUCCUUUUGUUGUUGAAAAGGCACUUCAUCUCACAGUCAUUUGGUUCCUUAUCUUCCUGUUAAGAUAUUCAGAAAGGCAGCUAGGUUCUUUCUUUCUUAGGACUAGGACGGAGUUUCCCAUUUGCUGACGGUGAUCAUUUUUAGAAAUGGAAGCAGAGACGCUCACGGCCGGCUCUUCCAAAACCAGAGUUCCCUUUUCUAUGUUCCAGGAAUCCAGGGGUGUGGGUGCUGAAUUCAGCAAAGGCUAAGGCCGGCUCAAAGGGCUUUGGGGUCCGAGGAAUUGGAAAAUGCCCACAGGAAGGGAACAAACCGUUUCAGAUCCUGCUGAGAUUGUACCCGUUUACUUUGGCGGGCAUAACCUCAGGAUCCCACUUUGGGUUUUCGGGUGUUCUUUGAAAGCCCUCGACAAUUCUUUAAGGAAGAUCUGUGCUAUAAAAUUUGUAUGCAUUCCAGGGGGCCUGGGGAAAGUUGAGCUUUAUCUUCAAAUUAGAGUUCUGUCUUUUUUCUGAUUUCUCCUAGAAAUCAAAUUAACAUGAAAGGCCCUGCUCUGAAUGUUUGUGAAUGAUAUGGACAUUUAUUUGAUGGAGUCAGAGCUAAGUUAUUUGUGAAGCUGUUGACUAAAAGCAACGUUAAUGCCCGUUAUGUACCAGAGAUAAAUAUGUUUCUAUAGCACUGAUGAGAGUGUUAUAUUUCUUAAUAGAGUAACACAAUUGCAUUUGAUUUUUCCCAAGGAAAUAGUUCAUUUUUGUUUCGAUCCAUUACUGGUAAUCUCCAGUAUAUUGUUACAUGAAAAUUUUCCUGUUUGUAUUUUAGUUGAACCAUCUGCAUCACAGUGUCUGCCAUAACCCUUGGAGUAGUCCCUAACAGUAGUAAUAUUGCAGGUGAGGACCAUGCUGCUUCCUGCUGUAAAGGCAGGACAGACAGUUCUGUGUAUCGUUUCUAUGUAAAUUAUUGUGGGUUUGAGAUGUGUGUGGGCAGGUUGAAAUGGUACUUGGCUCAGGUGGAGACCAUUGUACUAAAUUAUUUUAUGAAUGGAAUAUAUAUGUCUCUUUCUCUUUAUGUACCAUGUUGAGUAAUGGGGGGAGGAAAGGAAAAUCUCCCUUGCCUCCAGAGGAAUUCACAUCUUGGGAAGAGAAAAGUCACCUCAGGAUCAGUCACCUGCUUGCUGAAAAGCUCCAGCCUGCCCAUUAGGCCAAACUGAAAGCUACCGACUUUCGUCACGGUCACCUGCCUGGGCAUUACCACCUGAUAGAAGGGACCAGGCAAGGAAUGGCACUGAAUAAGGCUUUUGUUUCUUGAACUGCACUGAAUCCUAAACCACACAGGUGUGUGGGAAACACCCAGUAGCUGAGAUAAACUAUUUUAAUGGUCAUGAAACAAAAGAAACACUCACUUCCUUAGUGAUUAUUAUGGAAAUGUACGCCAAACACAGAAACACACUCUCCCAUUAAACUGUGGCUGAACAUCAAAGCUCUUUGUCUAUGCAUGCUGUAAUACCUUAUGGGAGCUAUAGCUUCUUUUGAAUUUAUUUUAGACUCACUGUUCAUUUAAGAUGCUAUCUUAGCAUCCAAGCAUUUAUUUUCUGGGAGUAGCGUUACCAUUGGUUUAAGACUUUUAAGCCUGCAUUGUAUUUAUUCUAGCAAAGAAAUGUCAACUACUAGUAACUGCCUGCCCGUUCUUUAAAAAUUGAUUGUGCCGUUUGAAUGUGCCUCUGUAAGAUGUUUGGAAUUAAAGUUAUGGAUGCUCUCAACGUCAUCACCGGCUUGAAGUUGACCUUCACAAGGACCGAGUCAGCUCAAAGCUGACUUUAAAAAAGUUUUAGCCUUCCUUGAAAAGUUUUUUACGCUUGCCUCUUGCUUUCACCCCGUAAUCAUUUUCUCUUUUACGGAACCCUCCCUCAUAAUUCAAAAAGAUAUAUAAGGAAAAGUAACUGACACAGAGAUCCCAUCUGCCUGUGAAGGCCACGUUCUACAUCCUUAGAUUCCGAUAUUGAGAAGAUGAUCACUGUGAUCUUUCGGAUGUCCAAGGUUGGGCGUUACAGUUAGUCAGUUUGACUGCCUUUUUAGUGUUGCCUUUACGUUUUUUCCAUUGCUUCCUCGACAUUUGAGGGGGAUAAGGGUGCAGGACCUCCAUAAAUGUGGGAAACCAUGAAUAACUAGGCCCCAUCCCAAACCUUCCUUUUUAAUAAUUCUGAUCAUAUUUACGUAACACACAAAACAAGUAAAACAGCACGCUGCGCCUAUAAAAAAUGGCAGUUUCUACUGGACAGAGCCUUCACAGCCGCAGGGUAACCACGGCAACUGCUCCUAUGAAAAGUGCAAGAUGCAAGGAUCACUGUGGGAGAAAAUCACGUGACUGAGUCUGGCUGGUAGAGAGACAAAGAGGAGGCGCAGCCCAUAGUUUUUAGUGCACUGAAACUUUUAAGAAAAUUCAACUGUUCAUAAUAAAUUUAUGUACGUAUGCUUAUGGUAGUAAACGAUAAAAUAGCUUAAUAGUGUGAAGCAUUUCUGCAUUUGUGACUUGCUAAUUUUUUUAGUUUUCUUUAUGUGGGCAUGUUGCCUUUGACUUUUUGCAGUGUGUGCAAAUCUCCAAAAAUUCCCAUUUGAUUAUCGAUGGCCAACUGAGUAAUCAAAACUUGGAAUGUGAAACCCAUGAACAUCAAAGGAUGACAUAUAUACAUACACACACGUGUGUACAUACAUGUAUACAUACAUAUACACACACGUGGUAUAUAUUGCUGUAGGAUGAAAGUUUUGAAAAACCUAGUCACUUCCAUCUUGAUUGCUUGCAUCUGGGUCAAACUCAGUUCUUAGGGGUGGAGUACAUUUUGAUAAAGAAAAAUAAAAAAGGCUUUCAUAUAAUUAA